GCACCCACAAGCCGCGGGGCCGACCCGCGAGACGCUGGGCUCCGAGCGACCGGACAGCGUCUCCGCGGAGGUGAGGCACCCGGGACGAGUCACCUCUUAGGCGGCCCUGGUGGGAGGCUCAGCUCCUGGACCCUGCUCUCCGAGACCCCGCCUGCAGCCCGCCUCCCCCGUCUCACUCCAUCUCUCCGGGACGCUCGCCGGCAGGAGGUUGGGCCCCAUUCAAGGCGCUGCCCAGAGAGCUUCCACUGACUAGAGGUUGCCAGCGCCCACACUGGCUCUGGGGGCAGUGGCCACCUUGAGUCCCCUGAACACCCUUUGUGCGAGCCCCGUGGCCCGUGUUCUGGUCCGGAGAUGGAUUUGCCUGUGAACUUGACCUUCUCCCUCUCCACUCCUUCCUUUCUGGAGCCCAACCGCAGUCUUGGUGCGGAAAACCUGCGCCCCAGCCCACCCCUCCCCUCCGUCUUUGGAGUGCUUGUUCUGACCCUGCUAGGCUUUCUGGUAGUGGCCACGUUUGCCUGGAACCUGCUGGUGCUGGCGACUAUCCUCCGAGUGCGCACUUUCCACCGUGUGCCACACAACCUGGUGGCAUCCAUGGCCAUCUCGGACGUGCUGGUGGCCGCGCUGGUCAUGCCGCUGAGUCUGGUGCAUGAGCUGUCGGGGCGCCGCUGGCAGCUGGGCCGACGUCUAUGCCAGUUGUGGAUUGCGUGCGACGUGCUUUGCUGCACAGCCAGCAUCUGGAAUGUGACGGCCAUAGCCCUAGACCGCUACUGGUCCAUCACGCGCCACCUGGAGUACACGCUCCGCGCCCGCAAGCGCAUCUCCAAAGUGAUGAUCAUGCUUACCUGGGCACUCUCGGCUAUCAUCUCUCUGGCCCCGCUGCUUUUCGGCUGGGGGGAGACAUAUUCUGAACAGAGUGAGGAGUGCCAGGUCAGCCGUGAGCCCUCCUACACCAUCUUCUCCACCGUGGGCGCCUUCUACUUGCCGCUGUGCGUGGUGCUCUUCGUCUACUGGAAGAUCUACAAGGCCUCCAAGUUCCGCGGGGGCUCCAGGAAGACCAACAGAGUCUCACCUGAACCUGAAGUUGUGGAGGUGAAGAACUCUGCUCAGCAGCCCCAAAUGGCGUUCACGGUCCGCCGAGCCACUGUCACCUUCCAGACAGAAGGAGACACGUGGCGGGAACAGAAGGAGCAGAAGGCGGCCCUCAUGGUGGGCAUCCUCAUCGGGGUGUUCGUGCUCUGCUGGAUCCCCUUCUUUGUCACCGAGCUCAUCAGCCCCCUCUGCUCCUGGGACGUCCCUGCUGCCUGGAAGAGCGUCUUCCUCUGGCUCGGCUACUCCAACUCCUUCUUCAACCCGCUCAUCUACACGGCCUUCAACAAGAACUACAGCAGCGCCUUCAAGAGCUUCUUCUCCAGGCAGCACUGAGGAGAGGCCGGCCGGUUCUCCUACAGCCCCGGGGACGUCCUCCAGGUGCCCCAGGCCCACCUCAGAACUCGGUGGGCUCGGUUCUGCACUCGCCCCAGGGACAGGCCUCCGGAGGCUCUGGUGCCACCACCUGGCGCUCUGCGGCAGCCACUCGCCUGCCAAAAGCCUCUCCUUCCGCAAGCCCACCCCAGCGUGGCUGUCGGAGGAGGCGGAGGAAAGGGAGGAGGCAGAGCAAGGGCAGAGGGAGGGACGUCAG